CAUGCGAUUUCCUUAUAAAUCAUAAAUCUUUUCUUGAUCUAAUUCUCGAUUUCAAUGAUUGUUUUUAACCUUUUAAUUCCUAAUUUCCAAAUCUCGAUUUAAAUCUUUAUUCUAAACUGUCAUAAUUAUUGUUGCUGUGAUACGACGGUCCUUUGUUUCGAAAGAAACUUUGUUAACGUGAGAAAAGCUAGACGAGAGAUACGACAAGCACGAUGUUCGAAACAUUUCUCGAUUCUUGAUGUGCGAUCUUGUUUCUUGCAUUUCCAUAAAACAGCGACGAGUGACAAUGUACGAAGACAGUGUACUACAGUCGAUGCGGUUUCCCGAAAAGCUCUGGAAAAUAGUGAACGAGUGCGAAACCGAGGCAAUACGGUGGGGGGUGUACGGUGACACGAUACUGCUCGACUACAGGAAAUUCCAGGCAGAAUACUUGGACGCGCAACGACCCAUCUUCAAGACGAAUAAUCUUGCAAGCUUCAUCAGGCAGCUGAAUCUUUACGGUUUCCGUAAGGUGACCUCUCGCAGUCGUGAUCCAGUCUGCAACAGCUGCGAUCCAUACGUACACGAAUUCCUACAUGACAAUUUUCGCAUCGAUCGGAUUGACUUGUCCAAAGUGUGCCGAAAGACCGGUGGAAAAACUAAAUGUCCGCAUUAUAACACUGCAAGAAAUGUUAACAAUUUACGAUUGAAGACAAAUUGUUUAUCUCGUCUGAAACAAUGUCAGUUAGCUUUGACUAAAACGUUGGAGCAAAUUACUCAAGAAUAUCGACGUGAGCAUGAAAAAGAAUCGAUUGUAACAAAGAAUAACGUUUCAAAAAGAAUAAACAGAUAUCCUCACAAUACAGUUGUAGAAAUGUACGAUAUUGAGUUCAACGGUAUCGCAAAAUUGUUAUAAAGUAAAAUGAGAGGUAUUCGACAUUUCUCCUUUGAAAACCGAUGCAUUAUGUGAGCACAAAACAGUUUCAUCAUUUUGAAAUAUUACUGCAAUAGAUAAAUAUUGUCUGCAUUCCAACAUUUAACAAAUUUACUAAAUCAAUACAGAAUUAUUUGUCGCGAUGUUCUUUCAAUGUUUACAUUACCUACAAUAAAAAAUAUAUUUAUCUACAAUGAAAAA